AUGCCUGCACCCAAGCUUAUCUUUGGCGCCGGCCUCUUCACCAAGGACUACGGCUACAACUCUGCCGAGGACGUCAAGCCAUGGCUCGACGUCCUGCUGGACAACAAGGCGAAGGGUCUGGUCAACGAGAUUGACACCGCGGCUGCUUAUCAGCAAUCCGAGGGGUACCUGGGCGAGCUCAAGUUCCCGUCACACUUCGAAAUUGGCACCAAGGUCUUUGGCGGGGCCAAUCCGGCCCAGCCCGCCACCAAGGACGCCGUCGUCGCCCAGGCCAAGGACAGCUUGAGCAAGCUAGGCGUGCAGCAGAUCGACAUUCUUUUCAUACAUUGCCCCGACCGCCGUGUCUCGUUUGAAGACACGCUCUCGGGAGUCGACGCCCUCUACAAAGAGGGCGCCUUCAAGCGCUUUGGCCUCGCCAACUACACCCCAGAUGAAGUCGAGGAGGUCCUCAAGAUCUGCAACGAGAAAGGCUUCGUGCUUCCAUCCGUCUUCACGGGUAGCUAUAGCGCGGUCGCCCGUCUGCCAGAGGACCGACUGUUGCCCCUCCUCCGCAAGCAUAACAUCGCCUUCUAUGCCUAUAGCCCCAUUGCAGGUGGUUUUCUGGCCAAGAAAUCUCAGGAGUUCCGUGACCAAUCGUUUGCUGGCCGUUGGGACAAGUCGGCCAUGUUGGGCAUGGUUUAUCAGUUUAUGUAUAACAAGCCCAACGCCCUGGAGGCGCUGGACAAGUGGCACGAGAUUGCUGCUGCCGAGGGCAUUCCGGCUGCAGAGUUGGCCUAUCGCUGGGUGGUCCACAACUCUGCGCUGGAUGGUUCAUUGGGUGAUGGGAUCAUCAUCGGCGCAUCGUCUCUUGAGCAGUGGAACAGCAACAUUGCUGCGAUUCAAAAAGGGCCCCUGAGCGCAGAGACCGCGGCCAAGAUUGAUGCACUCUGGGGACCGGGCCUUAAGGCGUGA